AUGGAGGAGGAUACCUUCAGCAGUGACAGCAAAGGGAGUUUGUCCGACGGGUUGGUUGUGUAUCAGCGUUUUGCCGAAAGACAGGCUAUAGCUGGGAUUUUCCUCACCGGAGCAAUUCUUGGAUCAGUCGGCAAUUGCUUCGUCGUUGCUGCUGUGGCCCUGUCCAGGAAACUCCGGACGACCACCAAUGUCUUCGUGGUCAACCUGGCGCUGGCUGACAUCCUGACCUCGCUGUUUAUGCCUUGGCAGGCGGUGGCAAUCCUGGGCGGUGGCGACGAGUGGCCCAUACCGGGCGCACCGUGGCUCUGCGUCGCGGCGGGGUUCGUCAUCGUGGUCACCUACGGCUGCAGCAUCAACAACCUAGCCCUGAUCGCCGUCAACCGCUGGGUGGGUAUCACCAAGUCUCGCUUCACCACCCGUCGCAUCUACACAGCCCGUAAGCUCGCCCUGAUGGUGAUUUUCGCCUGGGCCAUGCCGCUCUCCUGCGCCUUGAUACCAGUCCUGACAGACUUUGGUGAACUUGGUUACGAAAAGCUGUACGCUAGCUGCACCUGGGUAAUUGCCAAAUCAGUCUACUACAGCAUGUUCCUCAGCGCUAUGUAUUAUCCACUUCAGCUGAUUUUGAUAACACUGUGUUACUCUUCAAUCUUCUGCUAUGUCCGAAAGACGUCGCAGAAGAUGGCCCGAGCAGAUGCCCCGUCCGUCUCGGAGAAAGUAAGCAGCGGCGGAGCAAGCCGUGCCAUGAGGAGAAAGCUGUGGAAGAGGCAACUUGACGUCACCAAGAACCUGCUCUACAUUGUCUUGGCUUUCGUCCUCUGCCUCACACCCUACUUCACCACCAUCAUUUUCACCACCGACUGGAGCCAACGUCUGGUGCCGUGGGUCGGCGGCAUUUUGUUCUUCAACAGUUGCGUCAACCCUUUCAUCUACGCAACCUCGCACCCAGAUUUCAAAGAGGCCUUCGGGUACAUGAUAAGGUGCCGGAAGAUUCCUACUAGCAACGCGAGUCAUCGAAACAGAUCUGCAGCUACAACAAGCACUGAAGUGAACCAAGCAGACACCGAACAGACCCGGCACUAA